GUUGUCUGUGUGCACAUUAGCUGAUCUCCAUCGAUUUCCAGCAGGACGCAUGUGAGCUCUUACUAUUUACAAAUCGGUUAUCAUGAUUGAAACAAGUCGCUUGGACUUCAUGACGAAACGAAUCGCGCUGCUUUGGUAAACACAGCAUUAAUGGAGGAUCGAGCUCGGGCUACAUCUUGUUCCUCACAUGCAGUCAACGCUCCGCGUCUAUGGUGGGGGGAUGUCAACAUUUAGUGUUAUUGCGACGAUGUAAAAUUGCGAAACAGCUGCUCCAAUACAACCUGCAUUCAGGCACGUACUCCCAGGGUGAGCAUAAGUCAGAAAAUGGAUAGAAGGUGGUUCAUUGGCAAUGAGAGGAUACUUCCCUCAAAAUCUGAACAGCCAACAUCCAGCUGCAGCAGUGGCUCAAGGUCCUGCAUGACUGUUAACUUGACUGAAAUGCUCCACGCUGACAAGCCUGCCAUAAGGAAGUCUGUACCGAUCCGUCCGCCAAGCCCCAGGGCCUCUCAGCCAAAAGUACAAAAGUCCCACAGCUUUCUCACCUGCGAACCCACACCUAAACCCAUCAUCCGACAACGCUCACGCUCUCUGCCAUCUGCCUCAGAGAAGAAAAAGAAGCAAUGCAGAAGUGUUGGUGUGCGUUUUGUUGAUUCCUUGGGCCUGGACCUGGAAAACGUCAGGCUCUUUAAAUCAGAAGAGGAUCCAUUUGUGCCGUAUCAUGUCACUUUUCGACUACUGAUGGGCGCUGAGAUGACAGAUGGAAGACACCUGGAGAUCUCCUUGCCAUACUUAAAACCAGAUUUCGCCAAACAACCUGGUGACCAGCCACGAUUCCUGCAUCGCCUUCAUGAGCAGAAAGUGUGUCUUGAAAGAAUCUUGUGUUUUGAACUGGGGAUUAUUGGAAUCACUCAAGUGGUUAAUUUAGAUUUUCAGAAAGAUGUCACUGUUCGAUAUUCGUUUACAGAGUGGAAGAGUUUUGCUGAAACGAAGGCUUCUUGGGUUUCUAGCAUCACCAAGACUUGGGAGGGAGGUGGGGGAGAAUUUAGCUGUGACACAUUUCGUUUCCAUCUGCCAGUCCUGCCAAUCCCGCAGCCUGGGUCAUCUUUGGAGUUUGCAAUUCAGUACAACGUCUGCGGGGCUGAAUACUGGGACAACAAUGAUGGAAACAAUUAUAAACUAAUCUGCCAAAAUUACAAACUCACUGUACCUAAAGAAUGUGAGGAUUGCAUGCUGCAUUUCACUUAAGGUGCAGAAUUUCUUUUAGCACUUUUUGACGUCUGGCAUCUUUAGGCAAACCCACUAAAAGUAGGAUAGUUCCAAUUAGAAAUGAGCACUUUAGCUUCAUAGCAUGAACAAGCACUAAUUCAUGCAUUAUCUUUUGAAAUUGUACUGAAAUAUAAAACACCCUUUAUAGAAUUGAAAGCAAACAAUCACUUAACUACAUGUGAGCAUCAAAUUGAGGGGAUGCCCAUGUUAUAAUAUUUUGUUGAAACCACUUUUUUGUGCAUAAUCAUCAGCUCUAAUAAUUUAAUAAAAUGCAGAAGUUUGGUUUGUUGUAACAUCAUUUUUCUGCAUUUAGAAUGUAUUGUAGAUAUUAAAUAAUUUCUUAAGAAAUAUAAAAAAUAUAUUUUAUUGAAAUUUCCCAUGAGUGAGAAAGUGUUGCUUAUGAUAAAAAUACUUUUAUUUUGUGCUAUAAUUUAUAUUCCCAAUAAAAACUGAAGUCUGACACUA